AGGAUUUUUGGUGUGAGAAGCGCUAGAGUUGGUAAGAGUGUCACGUUGUGGGAGAGACUGGCAUGUUUUUGGAGGGAGGUAGGGAGGCUGAGAGGGUAUGGGUGAGAAGGCAGGUAGGAAAGUGCAUAUUGUAGGAAAAAAGUAGUGAGGAAAGUUGAAAAUUGAAGAAUGGGGACACACAGAACAAUGAGGGUGGAUUGUUGGUUAUUGGUGGUUUAGAACUACCCAUAGUUUAGUUUCUGUUUAGGUUUUUAUGUUAGAAAUUUUCCCAAGAAUACUGCAUUUUCAGAUAAACCAAAAGUGUCUGCAGCCUUGGGAUGAAGGCCAUGGGUUGGCAGAUGUUCUCCUGGUAUAUGAUGUAGCUCAUUUUGGGCCUGGCUAAGGGAAGAAGGAAGGCCUCGUUGUAACUGUCCUGGCUGUGUUCCCACUAGCUCUUUCCCCAGAUGUGCACUGUUUUUUUUUGUUUGUUUUUGUUUUUGUUUUUUAAUCAUCCCCACCGCCUCCCCCCAGGCUUCAUCCAGUGAAUACUAGAGGGAUCGAACAGUCGCAACCAAGGCGAUGUCUUACUACCUCAGCUCAGAAAACCACCUGGACCCAGGGCCCAUCUACAUGCGAGAAAAUGGGCAGCUGCACAUGGUCAAUCUGGCUCUGGAUGGUGUCAGGAGUAGCCUGCAGAAGCCAAGGCCUUUCAGACUGUUCCCCAAAGGCUUUUCCGUGGAGCUUUGCAUGAACAGGGAAGACGACACUGCACAGAAAGAGAAGACUGAUCAUUUCAUCUUCACAUACACCCGGGAGGGGAAUCUUCGGUACUCCGCCAAAUCCCUCUUCAGCCUUGUCCUGGGUUUCAUCUCCGACAAUGUGGAUCACAUUGAUUCCCUUAUAGGCUUUCCUGAGCAGAUUGCUGAAAAGCUGUUCUCUGCUGCUGAAGCCAGACAGAAAUUCACUGAGCCAGGUGCAGGGCUGAGGGCUUUACAGAAAUUCACUGAGGCCUAUGGAAGUUUGGUGCUUUGCUCCCUGUGUUUGCGAAACAGGUAUCUGGUGAUUUCAGAAAAACUUGAGGAGAUUAAGUCUUUCCGGGAGCUGACCUGCCUGGAUCUUUCGUGUUGCAAGCUUGGAGAUGAGCAUGAACUUCUGGAACAUCUCACCAAUGAAGCCCUGUCUAGUGUAACUCAGCUCCACCUGAAGGAUAAUUGUUUAUCUGAUGCUGGGGUGCGGAAGAUGACAGCACCAGUUCGAGUGAUGAAAAGAGGCCUUGAGAAUCUAACAUUAUUAGACUUAUCAUGUAACCCUGAGAUCACAGAUGCAGGCAUUGGAUACCUCUUUUCUUUUAGGAAACUAAACUGCUUAGAUAUCUCUGGGACAGGGCUCAAGGACAUCAAAACCGUCAAGCACAAGCUCCAGACCCACAUAGGCCUUGUUCACUCCAAAGUGCCUUUGAAAGAAUUUGAUCAUAGUAACUGCAAGACAGAGGGCUGGGCUGACCAGAUCGUUCUGCAGUGGGAGCGUGUGACUGCGGAAGCUGUGAAGCCACGGGAAACCUCAGAGCCUAGAGCGGCAGCCCAGCGCUUCUAUGGGAAGCGGUCUCGAGCAGAAGCCCCACUGAAGUGUCCCCUGGCAGACACCCACAUGAACUCUUCCGAGAAACUCCAGUUCUAUAAAGAGAAAGCCCCAGAUUGCCAUGGGCCAGUGUUGAAACACGAAGCUAUCUCAAGCCAGGAGUCAAAGAAGAGCAAGAAGAGACCUUUUGAGGAGUCAGAGACAGAACAGAAUAACUCUUCACAACCUUCAAAGCAGAAGUAUGUAUGUCUUGCUGUGGAAGACUGGGACUUGUUAAAUUCCUAUUGAUUAGUAGAUACAAGUUGACCUUUCUCUGGCCCCCAGCUCUAGUGUUUGAGUAAAGGAGACUGAGGAUGAUUUACUUUUUGUUUGAAUUUACCUGUGGCAUUAGCAUAGUAAGCAGAUAUUUCUACUUUUGUGGUGGGGGAGGGGAAUGCUAUGGAAGUAUGUAAUAAUUUCUAAUGUAUAUUUUCAAUACAUAGUAAUUUUUUCAAAUAAACAUUUUUGCUGUCCUUAA